AUGGCGACGGGCGACGCGGUUAUUCACACCGACGAGUACGCAAAGGAGGUUCUGGGCCUGGAUGCCGGCCUGACCGAGGACGCCAUCGACGCCGACCUGGUCGCCAAGGCCGCCGCACUGGGAAUCACCACCUCUACGCUGCAAAAGCGCACCGCGUCGAGCGCAUUCUCCUCGUCCUUUCCGUCCGGCUCUAGCUUGGACCGGAAAAUUUCCCCGGCAGCAGUUCCCAGAUCGCUGCCCGCCACGCCGCCGUCCUCCGUGUUCGCGACGUCCAGCACGGAUCUGGCGUGCGGUGGCGACGGCGCCGCCGCUGCCGGCUUCGCGCUCUACGACCAGUUCAUCGCCGCCGCCGUGUCCGCGCCCGCGCUGGAGCAGGUGCGCCUCCGCAACGGCUCGCUGCCCGUCGUCGCCGACUCGUCCGCGCGCAGCACGAUGAGCGUCGGCACCCGCAAGAGCUUCUCCAGCGUCAAGUCGGGCUUCAAGCCGCGCUCCUGGUGGCGGAGGAAGACGGACCCUGCUCUGUGA